CUAUUUUCUUUUUUUCUUUCCUGAUGAUAGAGAUAGAGUACUAUAACAGAGAGAGAGAGAGAGAGAGAGAGAGAGAGGGGCUUGAGAUCGAAUCAGUUCACUUGAUUUCGUCUCUGUUGGCAUGAAUGGCGUGAUCGGAACGAAGAUCGUGAGCUGUUCCUCGAUCUCUCUUUUGCCUUUUGGAAGUUCAUUCCAAGGAGGGAGUGAAGAGGGAGAAGCAGAGCUUCUUGAGGUUCACUAAUCUGUCAAAAAUUACAGAUUUCAGCUGUCCAGGUACUCAUCAGUGUUCAGAAAUUAUCUUUUUAGGGUUUUUUUUUUCACUGUUUGAGAUUCAAACAAUUUGUGGAGAAUCUGGUAAUGGAGUAAUGGACCUGCGAUUUUAAGUUUUGGUGAAGAUUACGAGAAGGUUUGAGUUCUCUCAUCUCUGGUUGUCUUUGAGGUGAUUUGAGAUUGUACACUGUUUUGUCUAUUUGGACUCUCUAAAUCCAUUAUUACACUGACAAAGUGAAGUCUAUGCUGAGAAGAUUUGCUUUCUGGUGUCUCCGGUGACUUUUUUGUGUAUUUCUGGUGGAGACUUGGAAGCUUCCAAUCUACCCAAAAUCAGGUUAAGUGCCUAAGUGGAGUUAGGUGGUCCAUUUCGGUCCCAUUGGAACUGUUUGAACAAUUAGGAGAAGCGUAGCCUGGACGGAGAAAUAUCAAAUUUCUCUGUUUUUGGGUUUUUAACCUGAGUAUGCUGAAAUACUCUAGGAGAAGUUGAGGGACAAGAAGGAAGCUAGUCUAGCUUUCAAGUUCUUCCGCUUUUUGGGUGUUUUACUGAGUUGCAUAAGCUCUUGAGCUUCGAUCCCAGCAAGGAUGAAGACCAUUUCUAAUUGGAAAUAGAAGAGGAAUAAAGUAUGGAGGAUUUGUCCAAAUAUACGCACAGCCCUGUUCAUUUGGCCGUUGCCCGUCGUGACUAUGUCUUCCUCAAACGCAUUGUCUCCACCCUCCCAAUUCUCUCUAAGGCAGGUGAGGUCACUACCGAAGCUGAAUCCCUUGCUGCCGAGCUCCAGGCUGAUACUGUCUCUGCUGCAAUUGAUCGCCGUGAUGUCCCUGGCCGUGAGACUCCUCUCCACCUUGCUGUCCGACUCCGGGAUCCCAUCUCCGCUGAGAUUCUAAUGGCUGUGGGUGCUGAUUGGAGCCUGCAAAAUGAGCACGGAUGGAGUGCUCUUCAAGAAGCUGUUUGCACCCGUGAAGAUUCCAUUGCUAUGAUUAUUGCCCGCCACUACCAGCCACUUGCCUGGGCCAAAUGGUGUCGACGCCUCCCACGCAUAGUCUCAUCUGCAGCUCGAAUUCGUGAUUUCUACAUGGAGAUAACAUUCCAUUUUGAAAGCUCUGUCAUUCCCUUCAUUGGUCGCAUUGCCCCAUCAGAUACCUACCGCAUUUGGAAGCGUGGUUCAAAUCUUCGUGCUGAUAUGACCCUUGCUGGCUUUGACGGAUUCCGCAUCCAACGCUCUGACCAAACCUUCCUCUUCCUGGGAGAAGGCUACUCUUCAGAUGAUAGUAAUUUAUCUUUUCCACCUGGUUCUCUGAUUGUCCUUGCACACAAGGAGAAAGAAAUAACAAAUGCUCUGGAGGGAGCUGGGGCUCAGCCCACAGAGGCUGAAGUUGCCCAUGAGGUAGCCUUGAUGUCUCAGACAAACAUGUAUCGGCCUGGGAUUGAUGUUACUCAGGCGGAGCUUGUUUCCCAUUUGAACUGGAGGCGACAGGAGAGGACUGAGAUGGUAGGAAAUUGGAAGGCUAAGGUUUAUGAUAUGCUUCAUGUGAUGGUGAGUGUCAAGUCCAGACGGGUUCCUGGUGCGAUGACUGAUGAGGAACUAUUUGCUGCAGAGGAUGAUGAGAGAAUCGUAAAUGGUGGGGUACAUUGUGAGUAUGAUGAUGUAUUGACAGCUGAGGAAAGGAUGCAAUUAGAUUCAGCUCUCCGGAUGGGUAAUUCUGAUGGACUUGGCGAGGAUGAGGAAAAUGGGGCUUUUGAAUCCCAAGAAAAUGGUGCGGGAGGUUGCUUUGAAAGUUGUGAACCCAGUGGUCUUGCCAAAGAAAAGAAGAGUUGGUUUGGCUGGAACAAGAAAGGUUCUAAGAAUGGGAGUGAUGUUAAUAACCGGAAGUCUUCUGAAUUUCCUAGGGAGGAUCUAGGGGAUGUUAAGAAAGGCAAAGAGAAAAGUAAUAAGAAAAAAAAGAGUGCCGCCACAAGUGAGUCCAAGCAAGAGAGUGAAUACAAAAAGGGUUUGAGACCUGUUUUAUGGUUAACACCUGACUUCCCUUUGAAAACAGAUGAGCUCUUGCCUCUGCUUGACAUCUUAGCAAACAAGGUUAAAGCUGUUAGGAGACUCAGGGAGCUUCUGACCACCAAACUACCUCAUGGAACAUUUCCUGUGAAGGUUGCCAUCCCUAUUGUUCCAACUAUUCGGGUCCUUAUAACUUUCACAAAAUUUGAAGAGCUUCAGCCAGUGGACGAGUUCUCGACCCCUCUUUCCAGUCCAGCACAUUUUCUGGAUUCCAAAGUCAAGGAUUCAGACGGAUCAACAUCAUGGAUUUCAUGGAUGAGAGGGAGUCGUGGUGGGCAAUCAAGUGAUAGUGAAGGUCGAAGCUUUAAGGAUGAGAUUGACCCUUUCCAUAUCCCAUCUGACUAUACAUGGGUUGAUGCCAAUGAGAAGAAGCGGCGGAUGAAGGCCAAGAAGGCUAGGAGCAAGAAGGGUAAGAAGCAGUCAGCAGCCAAAAGCACGGAUGCGGGGCACCGGGUGACUGAAGAUAUGGAAGAACAGUAGUGGAAGAUACUGCUCUUAUACGUUGGCUGUACCAAAACUUUCAAGAGGAAUCAGUAAGGACAUUAGUGAAGAUGGACCCAAUUUCUUUUGGGAAUUGAAGGAAGGAAAUGCUAAAGUUACAGUUUUCGUAGUUGUGGUCAGAAGAGGUUCCCUAUCUUCUUACCACUGUUGUAUGUCACAUGAUAUGAAUUUUGGGGGAGCAGAAUCUCCUUUUUCCUAUAUUAAUUUUGAUUUUGUUCUCAUUGUCCUAAUUACUGUUUGUGGGAUAUGAGAAUAAUCAAACAGCUGGAACACGAUUGGAGCUUUGUAUUGA